UUCACUGGAGAACCAUGUUUGUCUAUUACGCUCUUGCGGUUACUGCAUUGCUGAUAAUUUACUACUUCCGUUUCAAAGAUGAUCGUAGCAAGGAACCACCAGGGCCAAAACCAUGGCCAGUUAUAGGAAAUUUAUUAGAUUUGGUUAUGGCAUCUGAUAACAUGACCUUAUCGCUGGGAGUCUUGGCAGAAAAAUAUGGAGAAAUAUAUUCCUUAAAGGUUGGAUCUAAGAAGUCAGUGGUACUCACAUCGAAAGAAGCCAUGCAAACCAUCCUCACCAAUGACGUCACGUUUGCUCGAGAUUUCACGGGAAUGUUUGCAGAUCGAACUUUCAACAAAAAUUUAGGGAUUAUCUUUUCCGAGGGUGAAGUUUGGGAAAAGUUGAGACCUUGGACGUUUAGAACUUUGAGGGAAUUCGGUUUCGGUAAAUCUUCCGAUAUGGAGUAUUUCAUUCAGGAUGCAUCCCAGCGCCUAUUCGCCUCAAUUGAUGGCAAGAUCGGAACCGAUAAAAAGAAGAGCUGCGACCUCAAUGUCGAACUUCUCUACAACAAUUCCAUUCUUUCCAUCAUGUGGCAAAUGGUGGUUGGUCAGCUUUCUCUGGACGAUGACCCGUACCUCAAACUACUCGGAGAGAAAGGAGAUGCUUGCAUUCGAUCCGGUAUUUUUGGGGCCAGCAUCGUGAAUGCGUAUCCAUUUUUGAGAUUCGUCUUUCCAAAGGCGUUAGGAUACGACGUGCAAAUGGACUUUUUCAAGACAUGCAAUUUAGUUGCUCUAGUAAGGGAAAUAUUUUUAAAUUUGAACGAUCGAUGA